GUAAGCUUUUCAUUCAAGCUAUCCAAGAAGUCGUUGAUUUGUAGACCUAUUUGGUAUCCUAAUACAAAGGGAACAAGUGCCUUAGAAACAGAAAGAGUAGAAAACCCUACCUACCCGCCGCCCUGAAACCAGCGUCUCUUUUUUUUAGAAGAAAAAGAACUGUACUGAAACUUAGCCUGAUCUUAGCCCAUUCACUUAUUGGUUAAUUGACAAUGGGUAACGAAGUGGAGGAAAAAUCCAAACAGCCUCAGGAUGAGGAAAAGGUCGGAAACGUUCAGUUUGAAGAACAAGCCCAUCAUGAACACGAGGAUGAAAUCUCCCCUGAGCUUGAGGCUCUCAUUCAAACUGACCCUUCCAAAGGUCUCUCUCCAAGUGAAGUUGAAGAACGAUUGGCUCGCUUUGGCAAAAACGAGCUCCCUGAAAAGAAGAAGAACCCACUCUGGAAGUUCUUGGGUUACUUUACUGGUCCUAUUUCAUACCUGAUUGAAAUUGCUUGUAUCAUUGCCGCCGUCGUUGGUGACUGGAUUGACUUUGGUAUCAUUUUGGCCCUACUGUUUAUCAAUGCUUUCAUUGGUUUCUUCGAAGAAGCCAAGGCCGAAUCCGCUUUGGAUGCUCUCAGACAAACUUUGGCUCUCAAAACUCGCUCAUGGCGCGAUGGCCAGCUGGUAGAACUCGAUGUCACUGACCUGGUUCCCGGUGAUGUCAUUGUACUUCGUCUUGGUGAUAUUGUCCCUGCUGAUGCUCGUCUUCUUGGUAUUGGUGUCACUGGUGAAGCCACCGAAGGAGAUCUCCAAAUUGAUCAAUCUGCUCUUACUGGUGAAUCAUUGCCUGUUAGCAAGAAGAAGGGUAAUACUGUUUACUCUUCAUCUAUUGUAAAGCAGGGACAACAGCUUGCUGUUGUCACCAAGACUGGCGCCAAUACCUUUAUUGGUCGUGCUGCCAAUUUGAUCGCCAUCACUGCUGAUGAAGGUCACUUCCAAAAGAUCAUCGCCAAAAUUGGUAACGUUCUUAUCUGGUCCACUGUAGUCCUUGUCCUCAUUGUCUUGAUCUACCAAUUGGUCAAGUUCCGAGGUACCGACGAGGGUAACUGGAAGGUCGUCUUGGAAAACUGCCUGGUAUUGACUGUUGCUGCUAUUCCCGUUGGUCUUCCUACCGUUAUGUCCGUCACCAUGGCUAUUGGAGCCAAGCAACUGGCUGCCAAGAAGGUCAUCGUCAAGCGCUUGACUGCCGUCGAAGAACUUGCUUCCGUCUCCGUUCUCUGCUCAGACAAGACUGGUACUCUCACCUUGAACGAAUUGACUUUUGAUGAACCCUACCUCAACGAAGGAUUCACUGCUGAUGACAUUCUGCUUUACUCAUACCUCGCUGCUGAACCUGGUGCCAAUGACCCUAUUGAAUUGGCCGUCCGCCGUGCCGCUGAAGGCUCCUUGGAAGUCCUCAAGAACAGAACAAGUCAGCAUGAUGUUCCCGGAUACAAGGUCACAAGCUUCUUGCCAUUCAAUCCCACUACUAAGAUGACUCAAGCCACUGUUGCCAAUUUGGAAACCAAGGACGUCUUCAAGGUUGCCAAGGGUGCUCCUCAAGUUAUCAUCAAGCUUGUCGGUGGUGACGAUGAUGCCGUUCGUGCCGUCAACGCUCUUGCUCGUCGUGGUCUUCGUGCUCUUGGUGUCGCCCGUACCAUUCCUGGUCAACUCGAACAGUACCAAUUGGUUGGCAUGAUCUCACUAUUGGAUCCUCCUCGUCCUGAUUCUGGAAAUACUAUCCGCGAAUGUAACAGCUUUGGCGUCGAUGUCAAGAUGGUCACUGGUGAUCAGCUGAUUAUUGCCAAAGAAGUCGCUGCCCGUCUGGGUAUGGGUCGUGUCAUCUUGGAUGCUAACCAUCUUGUUGAUCCCACCAAGAGUGAAGCCGAAGUCACUGAACAUUGUGAACGUGCUGAUGGUUUCGCUCAGGUCAUUCCCGAACACAAGUACCGUGUUGUUGAACUACUCCAAAAGAAGGGUCUGCUUAUUGGUAUGACGGGUGAUGGUGUCAAUGACGCUCCAGCUCUCAAGAAAGCCAACGUUGGUAUUGCUGUCCAUGGUUGUACUGAUGCUGCUCGCUCCGCUGCCGAUAUUGUCUUGCUUGCUCCUGGUUUGUCCACCAUCAUUGAUGGUAUUAAGACCUCUCGUGCUAUCUUCCAACGUCUUCGUUCAUAUGCCUUGUACCGAAUUACCUCUACCAUCCACUUUUUGAUGUUCAUGUUCAUCAUUACUUUGGCUGAAGACUGGAACAUGCCUGCUGUUCUUCUGAUUAUGAUCUGCGUCUUGAACGAUGCUGCUACCUUGGUUAUUUCUGUUGAUAACACUCAGAUUUCAGAUCGUCCGGAUAAAUGGAGAAUUGGUCAGCUGUUGACACUCUCUGUCAUUCUUGCUAUCUUGUUGGCUGGUCUAUCGUUUGCUCACUGGUUCAUCGCCAACAAUGUCUUCAAGGUUGAACCUGACGUUCUGCACUCCAUCAUGUACUUGCACAUCAGUUCCGCUCCCCACUUUGUCAUUUUCUCUACUCGUGUUCCUGGCUUCUGGUGGGAAAACAUGCCCCAUUGGAUCUUUGCUACCUGCAUCAUUGCUACUCAAAUCGUAGCUCUGUUCUUCUCUGUCUACGGUAUCUUUGGUUCAAAGGAACAUGUCGCACCUUGCGGCUGGCCUUGGGGUAUCGCUGUCUUGGCCAUCUCUCUCGUCUACUUUAUGAUUUUGGAUGUGGUCAAGGUCUAUGUAUUCCGAAACUGGGACUUUGCUUUGACAGCUCGUCUCUUCCCUACCCCUGCUCGCAAGAGAAAGCUUGCUGCUCGUUUGGAUGAAAGACAAAAGCAUCUGGCUAUCAAGGCAUCAUGGCACAAGGUAUACAAAGUUGCCGAAGCUUACCGCAUCGCCACUGCUUUCCAGAAACUCGGAAAGGAGCAACAUUUGCCUCAAGCCCCCACUACUGCCGAGGUUUAGUUACCAAGGUUAAUCUUGUCUUAUCCUUUUCAUUUUCUUAAGUCUCUGUUGUAUACGAUGCCCAGCAUUUAGCUGAUAUUUGGAAUAAACCUACCAAUC